CACCCAUCGGUUGGCUGAAGAGCUCUUCGCCUUGCAAGUCAAUUGCUCAAUAGCUAGACAAGCAGCUACCAUGUCGUUUCGGGGUGGACGUGGAGGCGCUCGUGGAGGACGCGGAGGACGUGGAGGUGGUCGAGGUGGUGGCCGUGGCGGCGGUCGUGGCGGCUUCCGCGAGCCUGAGGGACCUCCGGCUUUCGUUGUUGAACUGGGCUCCUUCAUGCAUGCGUGCGAGAAUGAGAUGGUGUACAAGAGCACGAACGACAAGGUGCCCUACUUCAACGCAGGUGCCUUCCUGGAGAACAAGACGCGCAUCGGCAAGGUGGACGAGAUCCUUGGCUCCAUUAACGAGGUCAUGUUCACGGUCAAGCCCGACACAGGCGUGUCUGCCGCGUCCUUCCAUGCUGGAGACAAGGUCUACAUUAGCCCCGAUAAGCUGCUGCCGCUCAGCCGGUUCACGGAGAAGCCUGGCAAGAAGCCCACAGGUGGUGGCGGACGCGGUGGACGUGGCGGUGCCCGUGGUGGACGCGGCGGAGGUCGUGGUGGAGGCCGUGGCGGAUUUGGUGGACGUGGAGGAGGACGCGGUGGAUUCGGCGGACGUGGCGGAGGCCGUGGAGGAGGCUUUGGCGGACGUGGAGGCGGUCGCGGCGGAGGCAGGGGUGGCUUCAGCGGCCGUGGCCGCUAUUAGACGUGGCGGCGGUAUGCCCCGCAAUUUUUUAAGCUACGAAAUCUGUACUCCUGUUUAUCGAUCUCCAUACUUUGAAUUAGCAAAGACCAUGGCUCUUAACUAUCAAUUAGGACUGAAACUGGACCUUCGCAGGGCUAACUAGGCCUCAUUAGAAUGCCUCGCAACCAGUUC